AUCGAAGCCCAAUUCCUCCGUCCUCCUCCCAUCCGAGCCGAAACAGAUCCGCGUAAAAACUCCUCCCAGUUCCGGUGACUCCAGGUAAUUGAGGCUUGUCAUAGAUUCGAGAGGAAUUUUGGAUCUUAAUGCAAUUUUUUUCUCGUAAGUGCAUAUCAAAAGUUGGCAAUGGAUGACAAUGAUAGCAAUGACUUCACCUUUUGCAAGGUUGAUUCACAAGCAGAUAAUGAUCAUGUUGAUUCACCUAAACCAAUUCCCGAUGUCAAUAAGAUCACCCUUGAAGAUAAUUUUUUUGAUGAUAAGGACUUGAAGAGUAAUGAUUCUUUCCAGGAUCAAAGUUCAUCUGCUAAUAUGCAUAAAAAGAAUGUUGCAUCUAGUGUUUUUCCACUCUUCGGUUCAACUGACAUGCCUCAGCCAGAUUUCAAAUCCAAUGAAUCACUGGUGCUUGGAGCAGCAGGAACCAACAGAGAUUCACUAGAUGGGCUAGAGUUACAGAUUCCUGCACGUAUAAAGCCAGCAGUGCGUGCCAAAGUACCCUUUGAAAAGGGAUACAGUCAAAUGGAUUGGCUAAAGCUUACUCGAACACAUCCUGAUCUUGCAGGGCUUAAAGGCCAGACAAAUAGAAGGCUCAUUACUAUGGAUGAGGUUAAGAAGCAUAAAACAGAAGGUUCUUUGUGGACGGUUUUGAAGGGUCGUGUAUAUAAUCUCUCUCCAUACAUGAAAUUUCACCCUGGAGGCGUUGAUAUGCUGAUGAAGGCCACUGGCAAAGACUGCACCUCGUUAUUCAAUAAAUACCACGCCUGGGUUAAUGCUGAAUUCCUGCUUGAGAAGUGCCUUGUGGGAGUUUUGGAUAACGACCCAUAAAGAGUAAUGAAAACCUCGUUGAUUUACUGUAUCUGUACAGAAAUCAUUCCUAUUGAUUUAUUAGCUGAUUGCAGCAUUUAUGUACACGAAGUAUAACUUUUUUUUUUUUUAGAAAAGAUACAUAGUGAAAUUAAGAAAGAAGAAAAUGCAGGCACUGACUUCAUCAGCAGCUAUGGACUGUUAAGAUGAGCAAUAAAGGUAUUCAGAACUAUUUUGCUAGACUUAUUUGCUCUUAUAACCUUUUUAUGAUGCUCUAUGUUUCAA